GUCUCGUCUUUCUCGUCUGAUUGGCUGCUCCUCCUGCCGUCUGUUCCCCUACGCGGGGUCGCGUUGAUUCCGGCCGGUCUGCGGAGCCGCUUGCCUCGGGGGCCAGAUGUGGUAGAGCUGAAGUCUGGAAGGCUAUGGAAGAGUCUGGCGGCAGCAUGGCCAGUGGCCAGGGCGGCACUGCCCAGAAGCAAGGGCCUGCGGCUGCGACCCCGACACGCAAGAGGCCACGGAGUGUGGUGGCCUGGCAGAGCAAGGCUGAGUGGGACCAGGUGAUGGUGGGGCUGUAUUGCGGGGACUGCCAGAUGCAGGAGGAUGCGCUGGACCGGGUGUCUGCAUGGAAGAGCAGGUACGGGCACCGAAUGCCGUUAGCCGUGGAAUGCACUGCGGAUCUGAUUCGCUGUAAAAUCCUGGAUGCCUCCGGUAGUCUGAAGUCCCACGAACUGGUCCUCACAUAUGGGCUGGCACUUGUGAGGUUCGUGAAUCUCAUCACAGAACGGAAGCAGAAAAUGGUCACCGUGUCUCUGAGACGGCUGGCUAAGGAGUUGAGCCUCCCGGUUUGGAUGGUGGACCUUCGUCAUGACCUGACCCACGGCACCCUUCCCCAGCUGAGUGCUUGUCGGAAAGGGUGUGUUGCCGGCCUGGAAUGGCUCCGACGCACGUACUGGAGCCGUCAGUUGGGCAAUAACCUUGCUGGAGAAUGCGAGGAGGAGGAGGAGGAGUCACCCACCACUGAUAUCGAUGCCGAGGCAGACAGCAGCCCGGAGGAGCCCAAUAAACUGAAGCUGCACGUCCGUCAGAAGCACCAAGAGCUUUUGGAGAAAGCCACUGAUGUUUUGGUUUCCUAUAAAAAUCACCAGUUUGGGGUUCUUCAGGAGCUGCAGAGCGUCGACAAGGCCUGGAAAGAGGGGGGCGGCUCUUCCUCAGAGGUACAGUGGAUCAUGGCCCAGAUGGAAGACUUGCUGCAAGACAACAGGGAGGUGGUGACGGGAGCAAUGCUCCGGGAUGGUCUCCUCAUCCCAUCCGUGGAAGACCUGCAGACCUUAAACGUCGACCUCCAAGAAACCAAAGAGUGGGACUUCAGAGUCCCCCCGACCUUCCUUCGCUUUUGGCAGCCUCUGCUGACGGGCCUCCACUCCAGCGUUUUCACGCAGAUCCUCCUUGAGAAGAUGUUCGGCGAGCUGAAACAACACGCGCGGGAGUCGGGGCUCCGGACCCGGUACCUCAUCAGCUGGAUCACGGAGAUUCUGAAGACCAACAAGCAAGCCAAGAAGAAGUCCAAGGGCUCUUCCAAGCGCUCCAAAAACAGAAACAAAACCUCUCCGGUGCUUUUUCUCCAUCGUGUCUCACUGCAGUGGCUGAAGCUCCUUGAGAAUUGCUUGGAAGCCCCUUGUUGGGCGAGUCCCCACCUCCUGCAUCUGAUUCUGCUGAGCAUGGAGCCCCCGUUGCCCUCGGAGACGCAGGAGAGACUUCUCUACCUCACCUCCAUCUACACCCAAGAAGACGACUCGCUUCCCAGCCCGGGCUCAGCCGCAGACCUCCGCAAGCAGCCCAUUUAUACCGUGGAGAACUUGCAGUGGAAAGCCAAGCGGAGCGGGGCAGCCCGCGAGCGGGACAAGAGGGCCAGAAGGGUGGAGUGUCCCGUCGAAGAGGAAGACCUGGCCGAGGAGGAGGAGGAAGAAGAGGAAGAAGAGAUGGAAACGCAGUCUGCGCCCCUGCCGGAAUCGUUCCAUGUCGAGAGCGCCAGGGCUUUAGCUGAGAAGAGGGUGGCGCUCCAGGGGUCGGCCUGGCAAGUCAGCUCAGCAAUUACUUGUUUAAAAAAUCUUUUAAAAAUCAGAAAUAAUAGCGUGCCUAAUGAAGUGAAACUUCUUGAAACUUUCUUUUCCUCUCCCCCUGCCAGCAACUCAGAAUGGAACAGAUCAGGUGCUGAGGGAUUAUUGUGGACCCAGAGCGAGCUCCAUAAACUAAAGAGCGGUCUUCAGCUUUUCUGAGUGGGAUUUCAGUGGCUGGACACCUGAACACAUCCUUGUUUACAAGGGAGAAGAGAAGGUGCUGACACAUGUCCAGACUUAGCACUGGAUUCCUGCAGGGGGUGGGUUUUGUCCUAAAAUUAUGGUGGGGUACAAUGAAUGAGCAAAUUGCUUGCCUUACAUUAGUGGUUAAUAAUAAAACAAUCUACUGUUGAUACCUGUUUUGCAUUUUAAUUAAAAAAAAUACUGAAAA